AUGAAGAUUUUGCGACUAUUAUUUGUCGCAUUUCUUGCCAUUCUCGCGUUAGUGUCUUCACUGGAAAUUUCUCAAAACACAAUAGACAGAGGUUUUGUUCAGAUAAAUACUGGAGAUUAUACGAUUGAUAAUGGUAUAACAUGGUCCAUUAUCGAUGUCACCAGUGUAACAUUGACGGAUGGUUUGACCGUCGGAACUGGGGCUCUGUUCUAUGUAUCCACCUCUGCUUCUCUCUUGGGAUUGUCUGUAAGCAUCGCUCUUAAUCCGAUACUUGGACCCGCAAACGAUGUGAUAGUGAAUAACGGUCUAAUUUCGUUGAAUGGGGCUUCUUCGCUUCUCACAUCAUCUUUCCAAUUUGGAGGUGCAUCAUUUACCAACACGGGCCAGGUUUAUAUGGGUGUCUCUGGUGGGAGUUUAAUUGGCUCCACCAUGUCUAUAUCAACCAAUACCAUCCAAAAUACGGGUUUAAUUGUAUACUACCAGGCUCAACCAGGUUCGGCUAAUAUUAACAUCGGAGCCUCAGGACUGGCUGUCACCAACAACGGUCAAAUUUGUCUUUACAAUGCCCACUACUCUCAGAAUGCAAACAUUCUAGGCACUGGCUGCAUCACCCUUGAUGCUGAUUCUGAACUCGAUGUCAAAGUUGGGUCAAGUUCAUUUGCUAGUACGCAAAUUAUCUACAUGACACCUCAAUCUACCAUUGGAAUCCCUACUUUUGCAUCUGGGAGUAUCACCAUUAACGGUUUUGGUGGAGGGAACACUAUUACUAUCAACAUUCCCCUUGCCUUGUAUUCUCAGUCGUACUCACAAACUACAGGUACUUUAACAAUUAGAAAUAUAUUAACCUCCGCUUCAAUUCAACUUGUUAUAGGUUCUGGUUACAUUUCUAACUCGUUUACUUUCAGUGCUGGACUUCUUGGUUUGUCGGUCACCUACAGUGGCAAUCCUCCCAAUCCCAUUUCCAGUCUUUGUGCUACGGGUUGUGGAGUUUUACCUGUAGCUCCAGGUGAUGAGCCAACGGAAUACACCACAGUCGUUACAACAACGAAUAGUAAUGCUCAAACAACUACCGGCACAUAUGACGUGCUCAUCUCCAACACUGUAAUUGGAACUAGCAUCAGCUGGUAUACUAGUUCCUCUUUGAUU